AUGCGACUAAAUCGACACCUGGGUGAGAACAAACACUUAAUUGUCUCAUCGAAAAGCAACAAAGACCAUGACAACCAACAACCCCCAUCCAACUCCUGGAUCGAGCAUCUUCUAUUUGUUCUUCUCAUUAUCCCUUUGACGCUGAGCAUUCUUUUGGUAUACAGUGAUGCCUCCAGCUGGCAUCUUCCAGACAACCUUUAUGCUUUUGUGAAUACAUAUCGAACAUCAGUCCAGACAGCAGUCCAGAUUUUCGGUGCAAUCCUGGCAGCCAUCGAAGUCUUCGCACUCUGUCGCCUGAUCAACUUGACAACUCGCAUUCGAUUUACACAAUCUCCAGUCUCCCUGAACGUGCUUGGGUUCUGGUCAGCACUGUCCACUCCAACGAACAACUUCUGUCUACCUUUCUGGAUGAUUGUCAUCACAGUGCUUUUUGCCAAUCUGUCUGCUGUCAUAUCAGCACUAUGGACUGGUGCUUUGACACCCGCAGAUGCUAUCGGCACCCAACCCUCUUCCCUGCUCAUUCCAGAUUGGUCCAACAUAAGUUUAAUCAAAGAAUACCCAGCCCAGAUCGACAAGACAGGCUUGUCAAUUCGUGAGACAAAGGGUUACUUCAGCUACUCAGUAGGCAUGGCCUUGCUGGGCUCAUUGCUAUCUUCCAUGAACUCCGCCUCCCCAAUCAACGGCGGCGUUCGCAAUCACCCCAAAAUAGACAACACUCGAUACAAUUAUCACGGCCGGUCUUACGGAGUUGGCGCAAGUGCUGGCCUCUCCGACGAUAAUAUCGUCGCUAUACCCCACGCAAGAAACUAUACCUUCAACGAAGUUGGCCUGGACGCCUCCGUUGACUGCAUAUACAAUACCAGCUCGAACUUUGUACUCCAAGUCCUUCCACAGACCACUCUCUACGCAGCUCGCGGGCUCCUUCCCGACAGCAACCUUAGCAGUCCCGAAUACUCGGUCUACAUUGGUCGAGGCGACGAGGCAAUAGUUGCAUUAGGGGUAUCGGCGGUUCCCACCGAAUACACUGCGAAGCGUUACGUGGCCAUCACCGCAGGGAAUUACUACAAGAAUUUGAAUCAGGUCCAGUGUGCCGUCACAUUCAACCCGGCAUUAUUUAAUGUCUCUGUCGACAUCCAAGGACGGAACAUCACCGUUAGCAAAUUAACUCAAUCUGAAUUAUUAUCAGUUGGCCCGGUCCUUGAUAUCGAUCCCCAUCACAACAUAACCCACAUCGUCAUGCGACAACUCGAACUCAUCUCCAACGAUCUGACCAGUUACUAUCGCUCGACGCUUGGUGAUGCCUUUAAUGCUAGCAUUAGUGAUUACCGCACAUCCGUCGCUGGUGGGAAUCUAUCGGAGACGCAGAUCGUGAUGAAGGGAAUGGAGAACGCAGUUACAUCCUUGGUCGACGAUAUGCUGGUUGCAUAUGCGUCGGCUCAAUUGGUGGUUAGUGAAUUCAGGAAGUCGACGCCUGUCGUGGUCCAGGUCUCUGCUCUACGCGUCGGAUCGCGGGCUUAUGUUAUUGCCAGUGCGGUGAUCACGGGUUUGAUUGCGCUUCUGGUUAUCGGGGAGGGCCUUCGAAUGCGAUGGUGGAAGGAUCUUCCGUUUUUUGAUUAUCAGGAUAAUCGAGCAUUGAUUGUGGGUGCGUCUAAGGGUGGGAAGGGUGUUGCAGAGUAUGUUGAGCAGGUGAAAUGUAAGGAUCUUGGUAGGGUUCCGGUGCUUUGGAGAAAGGGCCAGGAAUCGUGGGAUCAUGGGGAAAUUGUUUUUCAACCCAUGCUAGAUGACUCGAAAGAGGAUAUUGAGGAUACAGGAUCGGAUAGGAAUUCGGUUGCUUGGAUAUGA